UGGCAAUGAAUGCGUAAAUCAAAUGUUAAGUAAAUAAAUAGCUCUUUGUUUUAGUUGUUAUUAACGAUAAUAACAAUUAUUUCAAUUGAUUAUCGCAUUCAUUGUAAUCACACAACAGACAAACAGAAAUGUAAAGAUAAGAUAAAAAAAUAGUUAAGAUAUCGUUAGAUAUCAAAUGUCUCGUAUGGUCUUUGCGACGAUUCUUCGAAACAAUUAUCCGAAGAAUUCAAGUCAUGGAUCAAUGUUUUAUUGUUGUCAUCAGAAAAGACAAUCGCCAUUACUUUUGCUACUAUGCGAUGCCAUUCGCCAUCAAUCUUAUCACUCGUACGCACCGAAAGAACAGUUGAUGACAGCCCAAGAAGUGGCCACAGCUUUGAGACCGUUCUUCUUUGUCAUACAUCCCGACCGCUUCUGGAAAUAUCCGAAACAAAAGGACACUAACGAAGAUUCGUUAAAACAGUUGAAUUCAUUUAUCAAAGAUGUGAUCGAAAUGCGAGAGACUAACGACAGAAGGAUUAAGUUCUUUAUGAGAGACGAAAUCAUAGAUAAUAAUGAGAUGGUUAAGAGUGAUAACAUAAUUGAUGUCAAGUUUAAGGAGAUUAACAUUAAUUUAUUUCGUAGAGAAAAUGUCAAUAAAAUUGUACAUAAAAUACUGUCCGAGUCUCGACUGUCGACCGAUUAUCUCAAGAAAAUUGGUAAACAACCGCAAAUGGGUAGCACUGCUGGCACUGAAGGCCAUGGUAUGACUUCCGAUGGCUUUCAAUUCAAGUAUAAUCAAAACAGUGGUCCGUUUAGUUUUAAUCGUAAAGUCAAUGAUUAUUGGGUUAGAACUGAUAUAAAUGGUCGUCAAACUAUCGAAACAGAUCCCGAAUUGGAUGACUUUGAAGAACUGUUUGAAAAGAAGAAAAUCGACAAAAAUUUGAUUGAAUGGCUUCAAGAGAACCGACAUUUGGCUAAUAGUAGGCUUCAUACAAACGAACCGAUUCGUCAAGAAUUGAAUCGAUUGGCAGAUCAGCUGAAACAAGAGUUGCACUUAAAUGAUAUUAUUUGGAAGGACUGCGGUUGGGGUGUAUCUCAUAUAAGGGCUGCACUGAAUAGUGUUAAUAUAAUGAAACAGCAGUUUGAUAUCAAUGUUCUCAACGGCCGGACACUGAUGUUUGCCCGACAAUCGGGCGUCAGUUUUGAUGGUCACGUUGUAUUGAACAUUGAGGACGUGCGACACAAUUGGUUGGCAAUGAUUAAGAACAUUCAUACGUACGAUGCAGAUCUGAAAAAACUGCCAUUUGUCGAGAGUGUACUGUCGGGUGCGUUGCGCGGCAUUCAAAUAGAUCACCGAAAAUUUCGACCGACGGUAAUCAUAUCGUCUUAUAUAAAACAAUUAGAAAAAUUGACGGCUGCUAUUAGUCUAUAUAUUGGCCAACAUGGGUUUCCGCCAAAUUGGUCGCCAAUCCUUGACAGAUAUCAAUUGGUAGUCGAGUGCGAAGCGGGACCGCUGAUGCUAUCGCCGACUGGCCAGUUUAUAGUGCCCGCAUCGUGUCCAGCCUUUCUAUUAUUUGACUUUAUGAGCGACAAUAUGUUUAAAGCGAGACUAUUAAGAGAUAUGUAUUUGAAUUAUAAGUCCAAAGAGGAACAUAUAGUCAAUGAAUGUAUGACUCAACUGGGCUUACAGUCCAUCGACAAGGAUGACAACGUAACACCUGAUCUGAUGAUCCAGUGUUGCAACAAAUUGAUAGCCAAUAGGGACACACUGUCGUUGAGGAACAGUCGUCUUCGAGUGUCUCACUAUUAUUCAGUCCUAUUGGAUGGAGAGAUAUGUAUUCCCUGGGAUUUUACCCUAUAAUUAAAACUACUUAUUAACCUCAAAAGCAAACUACCCGUAAUAGUCACCGUUAUUAUGACUGA